AUCGGAUACAAUUGAUGGGGCGUGCCAAAUGAUAAAUUAACGUGGUUAUAAGUUUGCGUCAGUUCAUCUAAAAUACCACGCGAGCUCUAGUUUCACUCAUGGGUAUAGCAUACGAAUCUAUAUCCUUACCUGGAGCGACAGUGGAUUCGGGAUUCGAUAAAAUUAAUGAAUUGCAAGCUGCUGAAGUUUUAUUAUCACUGGCCAAAGGUUCAAUAUUUCCACAAAAUAAAUUAUCAAUAAACCAAAAUUCUUAUUGUUUUCAAUAUCAUCGAAAUAUGUUUAAAGAGUCGGUUAUACAAAAAACAGAAGAAAAUGAACAAAGGAAUAAAUCUCAAUCCUACUUAACAUCAUUAGAUAAAAAUUUACAUCGGAAUAUAAAAUUUAAACUUCACCGAAUUAAAUCUUUAACGAAUAAAAAGUCACAAUCAUCAAUUAAUUUCGAUAAGGUGCAACAAAUUCCAGAAACUAGUCCUCAUCAAAAUGUCAGUUCAUUUAAUCCUAUCUUGAAUACACCUAAUUUGCAAGUAUCAAAUCCUCCUUUAGAAACACCAAGCAAAGAACAAGUAUCUUUCUACAAUCAUCAAUCUUCUAUGAAUAAUUUAAACACUAAUUGGUCAAAUAAUCUACCUAUUAUUACUGAUGAAUCUCACCUGCCAACUAAGUCAUUUCAACAAAUGGAUGAAAAUUCUUCUGAUACUAAGGAUAUCCCAUUGAUUAAUCAAACAAAUCAAUGUAUUAUUGAUCAACAAUCCGAUAACGGAGUUAGUUUUACUCUUUGGAAUGAUUGUGAACUUUCUCCUACAGCUUCUACGUCUUUAAAUUGUGAAAAUGAUAAUCACAACAGUGUUGAACAACACCAAUACAUUUUGAAUCGGUUACUUCAUACUAACUCUGAUCUUACAACAUUAGUGCAUUCAUCAUUAUCAUCAUCAACGAAAACAGAUGAUACAUUUCGAUCAUCUAAUUCAGAUUCACAGCUUUUACGAUAUGAUUUAAAUGAUAUUCCUCAAUGUACACUAACUUAUUAUUAUGAUAAAAUGGUUGAUAGACAACCUAUGAAUGAAACAAUAACAUCUAGAAACCGUGACAGUUAUUUAUCAAUUAUUUCUAGCCCAUCAUGUAAUGAACAAUGUUGUACGAAUGUGUACCAAAACUGUCAAAAUUUAACUCCAACUGUAAUUAAAGAUACAUCAAGCAUCAAACUACAUGAUGCACCAACUGAUUUGGUAUUUUCAAAUGUGAACUGUUCAACUGUUUCAUAUUGUACUAUGAUGACACCACACAUUACUAAUACUAAUAAUGCAAUCAUUGCCAAACUCACUAUUCCAGUGGAUAGUAAUAAUAGUAAUCCUAUUGAUAUUGAUAACAAAAACAAUCGUAAUAAUGGCUUAGGAAGAGUGAAAUCUCAUCGAUGUAACUUUGAUGGUUGCACAAAAGCUUAUUUCAAAAGUUCUCAUCUCAAAGCUCAUAUCCGUGUUCAUACAGGUGAAAAACCAUAUAUUUGUGAUUGGAAUCAUUGUAAUCGAAAAUUCGCUCGUUCAGAUGAAUUAUCUCGUCACCGUAGAGCUCAUACAGGUGAACGUAAUUUUAUUUGCCAACGUUGUCCACGACGUUUUACACGUAGUGAUCAUCUUAGUAAACAUUUACGGCGACAUAAUUCCCCAGUUCCAUUAAAAUAAAAAAAAAACAAGUCAAAUAAUAUACAAACAAAAUCAAUUUGUAUAUAUACAUAUUUGAUUAUCUUAUAGUUACAUUUCUGGAAUCAUCCAUUGAACUCUCCUCUUAUUUUUAUUUGCUAAUUAGGCACAAAUUUGUAUACCAUAUUGGUAUUAUGUUGUGUAUUACAGAUUAUUCAGAUAUAUGUAUUCUUGAUUCUUGUUCUUAUUAAAUGUCUUUCUUUUUACAAGGAUUGCAUCAAAGAAAACAACUCUAUAUGUAUGUAGAUAUCUGUUUUCUUGUGUGUAUCUUCAAAUCCAAUUAAACUGUCUUUAACUGUUCAUUUUAUAAUCAAACUUACUCCCAUUUGUGAAAUUAACCCAUAUAGAUCAUGGAAAAGACUUUCAUUGUUUUGUCUUUUUUUUUCCUUCUUUUUGCUAAUCAGAAAACUUUUUUUUCAUUUCCUGUUUUAUAUCUAUAUGUGAGCCUGUGUACGAUUUCAUCAUUAUUUUGCCUUACAGUAAUUUGUACAUCGGACUUAAAUGGUCACAUACUUCACUGCUUUCAAUAUAUAUUUAUAUUUAUUUUCCAAUGUUGAACCAAAGAUUAAGGAGCUGAUUACUAUCAUUAUUAUUAUUAUCAUUUACACUAUUUUUGUUACUACUACUACUACUAACAGUAAUAGGUUGCGUACUUUUCACCAGAUAUUUUUCUCUCUACGUUGUACCUUUUGUCGUGAGUCGCUAUCAUUGUUCAGCUUAACUUAUACUGUAUAUGUGAAAAACUUUUUUGUUUGCCAAUUAGGUUCAUACUCAUUGAACAUUGAUACUUAUGUAUUUCCUAUUUCCUCUUUUUAAUUCUUAAUUUUUGAUUGUUUUGAAGUAUGAAAAGAAUUACGAUAUAAUAUGAAUGAGGAAAAUUCAUUGUUGAAAUAUAAACCAGAGUGAAGUUUACUGUCCUGAUUUCCAUUGACACGUUUAAUAAUUCAACAUUUAAUAUACUGACUUUCUAAUCAUUUACUAGUCUCCUGAAAUCUCCGAUACUGAAACACUGUAUGAAAGAUAAAAGGAGUAAAGUACGAGAAGAAGCUUUACUUCAAAGGUUAGUUCUCAUGUGAACAGUUAGAGCACUUAUUGGAUUCUAUAAACUUCUAGAAAACACUCUAGCAUCUGUCUCGUCGUGACA